CGACAAAGUCUGCACACAAUCUGCGAUUCAAAUCUACCUCUUUCAGGUUCACAGACAAUCCGUCAUCAAGAAGGGUUGUGCUGGUCGCCGCUUUGGACCGUAGUUUCAGCGACAUACGUCCCUCUUGCUCGCUACGUGACAUUGGCUGCGGCUCAAGAUGUUGCUAGGUGUCAUCGCGACACUGAUCAAUCUUCACCGUUGUAUAGCGCCGCCAAUGCCUGAGGCAGAACAACAAUACUGUGUAGGCAUGCCGGAAAUCACGACGGUCUGCAGUGGACGCGUCGCCUACGAUGGCCACCAAUGGCCCUACUAUACUAUUGCUACUCUUCAUCAUCCGAACAAGACAGACGAUGGUGGUUCUUACGAUAUAUCGAUGCUCUUCUCUGUGCGAGCGUCGAGUUAUGAUUAUGCCGCGCCAAUCUACUGUCUGACCGCCCCGCGGGAGUACCAAGCGCCAACUUGCGUCCUGACCGGCCACGAAGUCGUUGGUCAGAGACUUUUUCUCUAUGCGCAUGCGCAAGGCAGCCUGACUCUCGCCGACGUCUUGGCGGGAAACGAUAUCAUCAGCGAGGCUGUCACGACCUGCUGCGACGCCCAAUGGCAUAUGCCCUUUGGAUGCUCCUUGCCUGAUUCGGGACUCGCUCUCUCUCAACCAACGCUCAGAUUCCAGUGCGGCGUCGAAAGUGCCUCAGAAAUCAUACCCAGUACAGGGAUUCGCUGUGGCAAAAUGUUUGCAGGAGCGAAGAACGGCAAGUGCGAGGAGCGGCCGAUGGAGAUGCCAGUGUGGACUAGAACAAUGGACAGAAGGUGUAUUCGGGUACCUCAAAUUUCGUAAACAGGCGGCUACUGGCACACCGGCGUAGGCCAUACCGGGGGACCAGCAUACAU